GACUUGGGCUGGCCUGUGGGGAAACGAAACUGAGGGAGGAGGCGGCGGCUCUGGCAGUGGUAGGGUCAGGCCCGGUGGCGGCGGCGGCAGCGGCGGCCUGAACCCCCCUCUGCGCUCCCUGGCAGCUCGCCCUCCCCUUAGCUAACAAUGAAGAGGAGAAACGAUCCAGAGUGUACUGCCCCCAUCAAGAAACAGAAGAAAAGGGUUGCAGAGCUUGGCCUGAACCUCAGUUCUACGUCUGAUGAUGAACCUCCCACCUCUGUCAAUCAUGCAGCAAAAGCAUCUACCACAAGCCUGAGUGGGUCUGACAGUGAGACCGAAGGGAAGCAACGCAGCUCUAACUCUUUCGAUGAUGCCUUCAAAGCAGACUCCCUUGUGGAGGGAACAUCUUCUCGCUAUUCCAUGUAUAAUAGUGUCUCCCAGAAGCUUAUGGCCAAGAUGGGCUUCAGGGAAGGUGAAGGGUUGGGUAAAUACAGCCAGGGUCGGAAGGACAUCGUUGAGGCCUCUAGUCAGAAAGGUCGCAGAGGCCUGGGUCUGACACUGCAAGGUUUUGACCAAGAACUGAAUGUGGACUGGCGAGAUGAACCUGAGCCCAGUGCUUGUGAGCAGGUGUCAUGGUUUCCAGAAUGUACUACGGAAAUACUCGAUAUUCAGGAAAUGAGCAAUUGGAUGGUUGUGGGAAAGAGAAAGAUGAUUAUUGAAGAUGAAACGGAGUUUUGUGGGGAAGAGCUUCUUCACAGUAUGUUGCAGUGUAAGAGUGUAUUUGAUGUCCUGGAUGGGGAGGAGAUGCGGCGGGCUCGGACCCGGGCCAAUCCCUAUGAGAUGAUCCGAGGAGUCUUCUUCUUAAACAGGGCGGCAAUGAAGAUGGCUAACAUGGAUUUUGUGUUUGAUCGAAUGUUUACAAAUCCGAAGGACUCUUCCGGGAAACCAUUGGUGAAGGACCGGGAAGCUGAACUUCUGUACUUUGCUGAUGUCUGCGCAGGCCCAGGUGGCUUCUCGGAGUAUGUGCUGUGGAGGAAGAAGUGGCAUGCCAAGGGCUUUGGAAUGACUCUGAAGGGCCCUAAUGACUUCAAAUUGGAGGACUUCUACUCGGCCUCCAGUGAGCUCUUCGAGCCCUACUAUGGUGAGGGUGGGAUUGAUGGAGAUGGAGAUAUCACCCGCCCGGAGAACAUCACUGCUUUUCGGAAUUUUGUGCUGGAUAACACAGACCGCAAGGGUGUUCACUUUCUCAUGGCCGAUGGGGGUUUCUCAGUGGAGGGGCAGGAGAACUUGCAAGAAAUUCUCAGCAAGCAGCUGCUCCUUUGUCAAUUCCUCAUGGCGCUGUCUGUUGUCCGGACAGGAGGCCACUUCAUCUGUAAAACCUUUGACCUUUUCACACCAUUCAGUGUGGGGCUCAUCUACCUGCUGUACUGCUGUUUUGAACGUGUAUGUCUUUUUAAGCCAAUUACCAGCCGUCCUGCCAACUCCGAGAGGUAUGUGGUGUGCAAGGGCCUGAAGGUGGGCAUAGAUGAUGUGCGGGAUUACCUCUUCUCAGUGAACAUUAAACUCAACCAGCUACGGAACACUGAUUCUGAUGUCAACCUUGUGGUCCCCUUGGAGGUGAUCAAGAGAGACCAUGAGUUUACUGACUACAUGAUACGAUCCAAUGAGAGCCACUGUAGUCUGCAGAUCAAAGCUCUGGCCAAAAUUCAUGCCUUUGUUCAAGACACGACCCUGAGUGAGCCUCGGCAGGCAGAGAUCCGGAAAGAAUGCCUCCGACUUUGGGGGAUACCAGACCAGGCUCGAGUUGCUCCUUCUUCCUCAGACCCGAAAUCUAAGUUCUUUGAGCUAAUUCAGGGCACUGAGAUCGACAUCUUCAGCUAUAAGCCCACACUGCUCACUUCCAAAACCCUGGAGAAGAUCCGCCCAGUGCUCGACUAUCGUUGCAUGGUGUCUGGCAGCGAGCAGAAAUUCCUUAUCGGGCUGGGGAAGUCCCAGAUCUACACAUGGGAUGGCCGCCAGUCAGACCGCUGGGUCAAGCUGGACCUGAAGACAGAGCUACCCCGGGACACUCUGCUCUCUGUGGAGAUUGUGCAUGAGCUGAAAGGGGAGGGGAAGGCCCAGCGGAAGAUUAGUGCAAUCCACAUCCUGGAUGUCCUUGUGCUGAAUGGCAGCGACGUGCGGGAGCAGCACUUUAACCAGCGGAUUCAGCUGGCUGAGAAAUUUGUGAAAGCUCUCUCGAAGCCCAGUCGGCCUGACAUGAAUCCCAUCAGGGUGAAGGAGGUAUACAGGCUGGAGGAGAUGGAGAAGAUUUUUGUCAGGUUAGAAAUGAAGAUCAUCAAGGGCUCCAGCGGCACACCGAAGCUCAGCUACACAGGGCGGGACGACCGGCACUUUGUGCCCACUGGCCUCUACAUCGUCAGGACCGUGAAUGAGCCAUGGACUAUGGGAUUCAGCAGACGCUCCAAGAGGAAGUUCUUCUACAAUAAGAAAACCAAGACCUCUACCUUUGACCUCCCUGCAGACUCCAUUGCCCCAUUUCACAUCUGCUACUAUGGCCGGCUCUUCUGGGAGUGGGGGGAUGGCAUCCGUGUGCACGACUCCCAGAAACCCCAGGAUCCAGACAAGCUGUCCAAGGAGGUUGUCCUCUCUUUCAUCCAGACACACAGCGCCUGAGGGGACACCCACCCCUGCCGAAUGCCCUGUCUUUGAGUCAGGGCAUUGUGCCUGGGCUUCUGGUACUGGUUCCUUCUGGAAAGGGACUCGGGAGCAUGGUCACUGCAGCCUGCCCAUGAUGGAUGGGCGGUCUCCUCUCCAUCUCCCCUGAAGAUCUGUUAGGGGCCUUCAGCGAUACUCACAUGUUCCUUCUGGGACACCUUUUGGACUUUCUCCGCGGAGACCUGCCUGGGAACUGUCUACUCUGCCAAGACUUGGCCUGAAGGACGCUGCUCCUGAGCAGGUUUGAGUUCAGGGUCUAGGUCUGUGGGGCCAGUAGAGGAGGUGUCAAAGAGCAGCAGGGCUUCAGGGUCCACUGUUCUUGCCUGUAUCCUGUAGACUCACUUUUCUGAGUUCUGUGCACUGUCCUGAGGGCAGCCAUGCGCCCACUUUGCCCAGCUUUUUAUUGGGCCAACCCUGAGUGGGUAGAGGCCCACUAUUCUGAGCUGCCCAGGAGCAGCUGCUGUACAAAUCAAGGUUUUCUUUCUUUGAACUUGCUGUUUUGAUGCCAAGUUGAAGAUUCUGUCUCCUCCUCGCCCUGUCCUGGUCUUCCCUGCAGUUCUUCCCAGCCUGGACCUCUGACAGGUCAGAGGAGGUCGGGAGGGGAGGUGUGUGGGCCACACAUCCCUGGUAACAGUGGGAUGCAGGUCAUGCUGUCUUAGGUUGCGAGUGUGACUGCCGCCUGGGGUUGUAUGCCCUUCUUGGAUCCUAGCCCCUUUUGAUCUGAACCUUGGGCAGCUCUGGAAGGGGAAGACGCAGCCUUGAAGAGCUGCCUUUUUCUAGGUCCCAGCAGCUGGGGCCUGACUAGAACAGGGGGUACCUCUGGGGUUGGGUCUCACCUAGCCCCCCCCUGGCAAUCAUGGCACCCCCAUUUGCCACACCACCUUGCUACCCUUAUCCCAACCUCUUUCUUCCUUCCCCAGUAGGGGGUACAGUCACUUUUGUUUGUCCGUGUGUGGUCACUCCAUUUCCUCUAUCUUGGCAGAGGCGGAGGGGGAAGAGGGGAAACUGGGCAGUAGCUUUGGGUGGGGGAGGGCACCUGUGGUUGUUUUUAAUAGGAAAUACCUCUCAGAGAUGUUCAUAUGGGCUCCCUAGGGUCCCAUCCCAGUGCUAGACUGGUUUCCAUGGAGAUAGGGCACUGAGGCUCCCAGUGAGGUUGGAAUUGACUUCACUGUGAGGUCUCCAGCCAGCAUCCGACCCCCCCCACCCCAUCCCCCAGCCCCGACCAGGUUGGCAGCAGCACCACUGAGAUGCUGUAUUUCCACCCAAUUCUGGGUAUAUCCGUGUGUCUUGCAGAAUCUUGGAUCAUUAAAGAUAAACAUAUUUUUAAUGCCUGUGUGACUAUGUGCUAGGGCUGCUGCUGUUUGUCCUCCGUGCUCUGUGGUCUGGGACUUGCCUGGAUGAAAUAGCUGGGGCUGGAGAGGUGAAGGAGAGGAAGUUCUACUCAAAGAAGAGGGGAGAAAAGGUUUGAUCACAGCCUAAGUUCCUGGGCCCCGGCAGGCUCAGACUGUUGCUUGCUGCUGGAGACUGAGCCCCAGAAGAGUCAGGAAAUUAUGUGGCUCCUGUUGGAAGCAGAGACUGGAGAAUGAAUGAACCUACAGCCCAGCGGGGCCAGGAGGCACCUUCCCCCUUACAUAAAUCACACAGCUCACUCCACCGUGGCACUGUGACAAUCCAGGAUCAGUCUGUGACUAAAAUAACAGAGGCGUCAGACCAAUUAGUGUCACUAGACAGGGUAUGAGAGGGAGGGAGAGAUGGUUUUGCUGACCCUGGCCGGCCUCCCCUGCUCUGCGCCUCCCCUCCUCGGGGGACUGUGCUUGGGGUGGGGGAUGUGCAGAUGCUGAUGGCCUCCCUCUCUGCUCCAGACCAGAUCCUCCCCACCCCCGCUUCCAUCACUCUGGUGCAUGCUCCCCAUCCCCCCACUUUGCUUGACUCCUUAACCCUGGCCCCAAGGAACCUUCCUUGAUGGCACAUAGCGCAGCUCCCAGGGCAACUCUUCUCCUUGCUUUUACUUUUGUAAUUGGUGUCAUCCCAGCGCCCAAGCCGAAGCAGCUUCAUUGUUUUGGUUGCCCUCACUGGCCUCCCCAGCCCCUGCUGGGAUUGGAGAGUUAAGAGUGUGCUGAAGGGCAGCGGGUGAUGUCUGUGUUGCUGCUUCUGCUCCCCCCAAUCAGCCCCACCCCUACCACUCACUGCAAAACCCCACCUGAUUUACUGGCCACUGUCACCGUAAGGCUGUGUGGUCAUUACCAUGGCUCUUGCUGCCCACUCACUCCGAGAGGCCUCACUAGCCCUGCCUGCCUCUCAAAGAUGGAUUAACUCUGCGCUCCUGUGCACCUCCACAGGACCACUUCAAGUCCCAAGUCACCCUUGGCAGCACAGGCUGCAUUUUUCCUGCCAUAAUUACAGGCAGUGGCACUGACUAGAAGGUAAGAGGGCGGUGGACAGAUGGUACAAUGUCUGCCUCUCGGCCGUGAUGUCCAAGCCAUGCUGUAGCUUUCAGCAGAGCCUGUUGGCUUGGAAAGUGCUUCCCAUGGUCUCCUUAGUCCACACCUAAGCUGGGGACUCACCUUCAUAGCCCCUCCUUCACUCCCCUCUGAGUUCUAAGCCACGAGUUUUCCCUUGAACAUCUCUUUUUUCUUGAUUCCUGAGCGCAGCCCCCGCUGCCCCCCAGCUACAGUCAGACCGUGACAUUUACACAGCAGACAGGAGCAGCCCGGGUGUUCUUUAUUGCCUUUCCUUUAGGCUGAGGGAGGAGCCAGCACAAAGUCCUGGUGACCAGGCCCCAUAGCAGGACAGGGAGGCAAGUGGGGCUGUGUUGACAGGAAGCUGUGCUCAGGAGUCCGCAUCGAGGAGAAAUGCUCCCGCACCUUGGUCCUGAGGCUUGAAGGGCCUGCUGGACCCUGACUAGGGAGGGGGGACGCCCGCGUGGCUGUGGAGUGAUCUCGGCUCACACCACCCAGUAGGCGUAGAUGAGGGUCAGGAGGAUGAAGAUGGCCACAGAGAGCAGCAUGUUCUUCCUGUUCUCCUGCCGAAGUAACUUUAGCUCCUUCUCUGAAACGAAACAGUAGCGGGGGUGGAACAAGUAGUUUGGGCCCAUCUGCUUCUCUCAUCUGCCUCUCCCACAAUGGGCACUACCGAGUGCAGGGUAGUGCCCAAUUCCUUAUCCCUAAGAAUGACUGUCCUUGGUCUGCCCAGAUCCUCACAACCUUUUGGCUAAAGGUCCCAGCCCCCCAAAAUCUCAACACACAAUGCUGUUCAACCAUCUCUCCAAAUUGAAGAUGGAUCAGAUGGGGGAGGGGUCACCAAAAAAGCCACAUCUGAAAACCCAGCUAGGUGGGGGCAUGGCUUCACCAGGUGAGCCCUCUGGCCUGUUCCGGCACGAGCUCUGUGGUGUACAUCCCUGUGUGGUGGCCAGUGCUGGGUCCUCCUCGGUGGGUUUGGCACUAGACCAGGUAUGGGUGGGGCAACGCGUAUGCUUCCAGCCCAGCCUUCUGCUGGGAGCCCAGUGUGAGCAGGAACUAGGGAUGCUAAGAGGAGGCAGUGUGUCUUGAAGCCAGUCCUGCUAUUCUACAGCUGCACGGUAUCCGUCCCGCAUGACAUGUACUCUGAGGGCUAAAGUGAGUGCUGAUGCUGGACUUUGUGAGAGGGAGAGAAGCCUGCACACCUCUGGACAGGCCAGACUGAGUCCAGGUAGGGGGGAGGAUUGUAUUGAUUUGAAAUCUCCCUCUGGGAGGUUUUCUGCCAUCUGGGCUGACUAGUGGUCAAGUCCAGCCCUCUGGGAGAACCGCACGUCUGAGGAGCCUGCGCGCAUCUUUUU